GCCAUGGCCCCUGCUCGCCUGCUCGCGCUGCUGCUGCUCUUCGUAGGCGUCCCCGCCGCCGCUGCGGAGUCGAUCCGAGAGACGGAGGUCAUCGACCCUCAGGACCUCCUAGAAGGCCGAUACUUCUCCGGAGCCCUACCGGAUGACGAGGAUGUGGGAGGCCCUGGGCAGGACCCUGAUGACUUUGAGCUGUCUGGCUCUGGAGAUCUGGAUGACUCAGAGGACCUGCAGAUCUUCCCUGAAGUGAUCCCACCCUUGGUGUCUCUAGAUAACCAUAUCCCUGAGAGGGCAGGGCCUGGGAGCCGGGUCCCCACUGAACCCAAGGAAUUGGAGGAGAAUGAGGUUAUCCCCAAGAAAAUCUCCCCCUUUGAAGGAGAUGAAGAUCUGUCCAACAAGGUGUCCAUGUCCAGCACUGCUCAAGGCAGCAACAUUUUUGAGAGAACAGAGGUUUUGGCAGCUCUGAUUGUGGGCGGCGUCGUGGGCAUCCUCUUUGCUGUUUUCCUGAUCCUGCUGCUGGUGUACCGCAUGAAGAAGAAGGACGAAGGCAGCUAUGACCUGGGCAAGAAACCCAUCUACAAAAAAGCCCCCACCAACGAGUUCUAUGCAUGAAGCGUCCUCAUGGGCACUUUCUUGGACUUCAGUAGGGAGGGAAGCCAGAGGAUUUUGAAGGGUGGACAUUAGGGUAGGGGGAGGUCAACCUAAGGUUGAGUUGUCAGGAUCUCCAGCUCUGAUUGCCUUUUAAGUAUCAGAAGAGACAUCGUCUUCUAUUGUUCUGCCUGUCUCUUCUUGAUUCUUUGGGUCUCAGUUGCCCUAGCAGAAAAAUGGGGUUAAACUUGACCUUUCUGAAGGCAGGCUUGGGAUUGGAUCAUUUCUUCAAGUUCCACUUUAGAAUCUAGGUCCAGCUUCAAACCUAUACUGGACAUAACUUCAUUCAGAG